AUGCCGACCGACAGGAAGGAAGCAGCCCUCGACAAUCCAGAUGAAGACGGAGAAGAUCUGUUGCCGCCUGGUGAACACCUAAGUCGGCGCGUACAUGAAGACAUUGCUGAUCCGGAUACGGCCGACGAAGCUGGACCCUCUGAUGAAGUUGCUGGCCAUAGUGACCCUCUGAGAUCCCUGGUCGAUGGCUUGAACGCCAAUCAGAAUUUGCUCAAGGCCGACGGUGCUAACAAUGGCCAGUACGAUGUCGUACGCGUGCUGCCUUUCAUGUGGGAGAAAGAACAACAUCGCGGGCAUCGCGGGCUGAGAAAGGAGUUGGACCGUUUGAGCUACAUCUUUGACACGUACUUCCAAUUCCGGGUCGAACCGAUCUAUAAAAUUCCACCGCAAAAUCCUCAAGUGGAGCUUUUUGGGCGUAUCAUUUCGGUCCUGGGAGAGUGCAAGACUCGACGCGAGCUAUUCAUCCUCGCGUACUCUGGACAUGGAAGAAGGUCUGACCAGGGCACCGGAUCUCUUGAGCUAGCAGGAGAUCAUUCAAUAGAAUGGAGCGGCAUUCAACAAACAUUGGAGGCUGCGAUCUGCGAUGUAGCCAUCAUCAUGAAUUGCUGUUACGCUGGAGCAGCCACUCUCAAAGCCCCAUCGGGAAGAAAAGAGCUCCUUGCCGCUUCCUCGUGGGCGGCAGUUGCUCCCGCCGCUCCGUCGUUUCUCGACAUGGUCAACGUCCAACUGCGAAAAUUGGUAGACGAAGACAAACCAUUUUCGCUGAGGGACUUACACGACAGAACACACAAAGAAGCACUACGUCGAGAGAAAAGCGACUAUAAGCUUGGUCAUGCGAAGAGGAAGAACAACACUGCAGUACCGUACUAUCAACAGAUUUGUGGAACAAGCAGUAUCGUACUCCGUCCAAAGAGACGUGAAGGGCGACCAGUCCCCAAUCAAACUCUUGUGCGGAGCAUCUAUGCUGAAUUCAAGAUCAACGAUAUCAACAGUUCUACUGCUGACGCAUGGGAGCAGUGGUUCACUGGUGGAGAAAUCCCGACAAACAUCAGUGCUGUUUAUUUCUUCACGGAAGAAUCGUUGAUGGAUGAUCGGUUCGAGCCUAGGAUAAGAGACCGGUUUUUGGCCGCGCUUGAUGGCAUUGAUCUUAAGAGCUGGAUCGUGUCGCAAAUUGAUUCGCACCGGCAGCACACCAGAGAGGACGAGGGUUGA